CACUCUAAUUACAAGGAUCUAAUUCAAAUAAUCUAAUCGUAAACAAUUAUUAUAUAAGAAAACAAAAAAACAUCUUGUACACACGUCUAACCGGUUUCUCCUUGUUGGAAUCAUCAGACCGAUCUCCGAUUCUUAGACAUGGAUUCUAGCAGAGGCCAGAAUGGAAUUCAAAGCUUGUUAGCUGCAGAGCAAGAAGCUCAGCAAAUUGUCAAUGCUGCCCGAAACGCAAAAUUAGCUAGACUAAAACAAGCAAAGGAAGAGGCUGAAAAGGAGGUUGCUGAAUUUCGUGCCCAAAUGGAAGCCGAUUAUCAAAGAAAGCUUACUGAGACUAGCGGGGACUCGGGUGCUAACGUGAAGCGUCUCGAGAAAGAAACAGAUGCUAAGAUCCAACACCUGAAAACCGAGGCUGAAAGAAUUUCAGGCGAUGUUGUUGGGAUGCUUCUGAAGCAUGUCACAACUGUAAGGUAUUAAAUUCGGUUUUAUUUACGCAUGUCGCGUUCGUUUGCGAUUUGCUUGUCUAUCGCCUUUCGAUUUCUUGUUCUUGAAUAAAAGCUGGUUCUUUACAUUUCUGUUCGUUCGUCUUUGGUGAUUUUAAACUCCAUAAUAUUAUUUAUAAACAGUUGAAGCAUUUGUUAUUAAUAAAGCUAGGAUCGGUUUAAUGGUUU